AUGGGGGGGGGGUGUCACAACGCCGAGGGCACGGCCAGCACCCGCCUGCGCCUCCGCGUCCACUACCCCCCCGCCAUCGUGUGGGCGCGCGACCCCGUGGUGGUGGCCGAGGGCGACAGCGCGGAGCUGGUGUGUGAGGCCCGGGGCAGCCCCCUGCCCCCCGGCUGCCUGCGCUGGGGCCGCCUGGCGGAGGAGGGGGCGGAGGCCGAGGAGCUGCCCCCCGAGCUGCGCCCCGAGGGGGGGCUCCCCGUGGGGCGGCUGCGGGUGCUGGGGGGGGCCCGGCGGGAGCUGGGGGAGCCUACGAGUGUCGGGUGGACACGGGGGUGCCCCCCCCCGCCCGCGCCAUCGUCCGCCUCGUCGUCCGCUAUGGCCCCGAGCUGGAGGCGGAGCCGGAGGCGGAGCCGGUGCCGGUGCUCGUCCCUGAUAGGGCGGACGCGGCGCAGCUGCGGUGCCGCGCCCGGGGGGUGCCGGGGGUGCGGCUGCACUGGGAGCGUCAGGGCCAGCCCCUGCCCCCCGACAAGGCCAGGUUCCAGGAGCACCAAUGGCGCGAGGGGCCCUGGACCAGCAGCCUCCUCACCGUCCUCAACGUCACCCUGGACCGCGCCCGCCUCCGCCACCAGUUCCACCGCCUCAACUGGGACCAGUACCGCGCCCCCCGGCCCCGCCCCUACCGCAAUUGGCGCCAGGAUCCCGACGGGGAGCAGGAGCAAAACCGCACCCUCGGCACCUUCGUCUGCGUCGCCCAGAACCCCCUGGGCACCGUCCGGCGCCGCCUCCGCCUCCAGCUGGCCGGUUGGGGGACACUGA